GUUAGCCGCACUGCUAACUGCUAGCUAUUUCCUACACCUGGACUACACGGUGACGCGGUUGAGCUUUGUAACCGGGUCAGAUGGAUGUCGGAGAGCUCCUCAACUAUCAGCCUGAUAGAGGGGCAAAGCGUCUCAGGCAGGAUGAUGGAGGAGCAGCAGGAGGAGAGGAGGACUCCAGAGGAGGGAAACGACAGAGUGUCAGGGAGUUGGCCAGGUACAGAGAAGCCGCAGCAGGAGUUGGGAUUGAAGGAGGGAUGGAGGCUGAGGAGCUGACUGGAGACAAGAAGAAGAUCCUGGAGAAACUGAUGGACCAGGAUGAAGAUGAACCUGAGGCAGAGCUGGUGGAUGAGAGUUCAGUGAAGAAAAUGAUCCUGACCUUUGAGAAAAGAUCAUACAAAAAUCAGGAACUGAGGAUUAAGUUUCCAGACAAUCCAGAGAAGUUCAUGGAGUCGGAGCUGGAUCUAAACGACAUUAUACAGGAAAUGCACGUAAUCGCCACCAUGCCAGAUCUCUACCACCUGCUAGUGGAGCUUAAUUCCGUCCACUCACUGCUGGGCCUCCUCAGUCAUGAAAACACUGAUGUUGCCAUAGCGGUGGUGGACCUGCUGCAGGAGCUGACGGACAUCGACACGCUCCAGGAGAGCGAGGAGGGGGCUGAGGUGCUCAUAGAUGCUCUGCUGGAGGGUCAGGUGGUGGCCUUGCUGGUGCAGAAUAUGGAGCGACUGGAUGAGCAGGUGAAAGAAGAGGCUGACGGCAUCUACAACACACUCGCGAUCAUAGAAAAUAUGGCGGAGUUCAGACCAGGCCUGUGUGCCGAGGCCGCGCAGCAAGGACUCAUGCAGUGGCUGCUCAAGAGAAUUAAGGCAAAGAUACCGUUUGAUGCUAACAAGCUGUACUGCAGUGAAAUCCUGGCCAUCCUGCUGCAAAACAACGAUAAUACCAGAGAACUACUGGGUGAGAUGGAUGGCAUUGAUGUGCUGCUGCAGCAACUCUCUGUGUUUAAACGUCACAACCCCUCCACGGCCGAGGAGCAGGAGAUGAUGGAGAACCUCUUCAACGCUCUGUGUUCCUGCCUCAUGCUUUCCUCCAAUCGGGACCGCUUCCUCAGAGGGGAAGGGCUUCAGCUAAUGAACCUUAUGCUUAGAGAAAAGAAAAUGUCUCGAACCAGUGCUCUGAAGGUGCUGGACCACGGGAUGAUUGGACCAGAGGGAGCAGAUAACUGCCAUAAAUUUGUGGACAUCCUGGGCUUGCGAACUAUCUUUCCACUCUUCAUGAAAACCCCGAAGAAGAUGAAAAAAACUGGGGCAUCAGAGAAGGAGCAUGAAG